GUUACACGUACUCCCUUCCUAAAAGUCCAGCCUACGAGGAGUAUCCUGCCCAAAUCCUGCCAAUUCUUCGCCAGCGACGAGAUUAUACAAGGUCAUGGUUACGCACAUGGAGCUCUAUCUGUUUCUGGCAAGAAAAGGGACAUUCCUGAGAAACCCGAUGAAAGUCGACGAUGCUCGUAUUUUCCGAAACUUCUACUACAAUGUGGAAUCUCAACUUUGCUAGAGGCAUUCAAGGAUUUCUGGCGUGUGGAAUGGUUACCAAACGCCGAGUGACGAACUGUAUGUUCUUUAGGAUCAUCGAUGGGAGGCAAUUAAAUGGGUCGAGUACAGGAGCUCAGACAGAGGUGCGUGUCGACUAGGGUGACUUUUUCUCCGUAUCAAGCUAACCCAUAUUGUUUUGCAGGCACAAAAGUAGACGUCUACG